AGUACAAGGUGGUUUUUAGAAGUAGUUUUAAUUGAUGCUACUUAUAAGACAAAUGUUUACAAGUUGCUAUUUAUAAAUUUUGUUGGUAUUAGGAAACUUGGUGUUAAUAAAUUGCAAACUUUUAGUAUUGCUAGUGUUUAG